AUGAACACCUACCUCUUUGUGUAUGACCUAAUGCAAUUCUGUGGACAUUCCUGGAUAUUUACAAAUAUGAUCAUCAGGUUCAUGUCAUUUGGAAAAGAUUCAUUGGCCGACACGUUUUACUCUAUAGGCCUUGUAAUGCGCCUUUGCCAGUUAUUAUCUCUAUUGGAGAUCCUACACAUCCUCAUUGGCAUUGAUAAAAGCCGACUCUUCCCCAGGUUUUUGCAGAUCACUGAGAGAAUAAUUGUUUUAUUUGUCGUGAUCAACAGUCAGGAAGAAGUUCAAGGGAAAUACAUUGUGUGUGUUUUAUUUUUCCUUUGGAACUUAUUAGAUGUGGUCAGGUACACUUACAACAUGUUAGCAAGGAUGGGAAUAUACUACCUACCACUGACAUGGCUCAACUUCUCACUGUGCAUCCCACUCUAUCCCCUUUCAGUUCUGGCUAAAGCAUUUGCAAUUUGUGUAUCACUGCCAUAUUUUGAAUCCUUUGGCACAUACUCCGUCAAGCUACCACUUCCCUUCGCCUUCUCAAUCUACUUCCCCUAUGUUCUGAAAACGUACCUGCUAGUGCUGUUUAUAGGUAUGUGCUUUAUCAUCCAGAACCUCUUCUCCGAAAGAAAGGCACACCUAGGGACAGGCAACAUCAAAAAGAAAAGAAGCUAA